UGAGGCAGUAAGGCAACUACACCGUCCAGAUCCCGAGCAGCACCCGGAUCACGCAGGCCAAGUGUCGAGAGGUACAAUGGUGAAGAUAACGGUGGUCAAAACCCAGGCGUAUGCCGACCAAAAGCCAGGAACCAGUGGUCUGAGGAAAAGAGUGACCGUUUUCCAGCAGAACAAGCAUUAUGCCGAGAAUUUCAUUCAGAGUAUCAUUUCUGUCAUCGAGCCUGCUCACAGGCAGGAGGGAACAUUGGUUGUCGGGGGAGAUGGACGAUUUUUCAUGAAAGACGCGAUUCAGCUGAUCAUCCAAAUCGCUGCCGCCAAUGGGAUUGGCCACCUGGUGAUUGGUCAGAAUGGAAUCAUGUCCACGCCCGCCGUGUCCUGCGUGAUCCGGAAGAUAAAGGCAUUGGGUGGGAUCAUCCUCACAGCCAGUCACAAUCCCGGUGGUCCCAAUGGAGACUUUGGAAUCAAGUACAACAUUUCCAGUGGAGGUCCUGCUCCAGAGGGUGUCACCGAGAAAAUUUUCCAGAUCAGCAAAAGCCUUCAGGAGUACCACAUCUGCCCAGAGCUCAAAGUGGAUCUGUCCAAGAUUGGCAAACAGACCUUCGAAGUGGACACAUUCAAACCCUUUACAGUGGAGAUCGUGGACUCUGUGGAGUCCUAUGCAGAAAUGCUGAGAGGCAUCUUUGACUUCCCUGCGCUGAAGAACUUACUGUCUGGACCCAAUCACAUCAACGUCCGCCUAGAUGCCAUGCAUGGGGUGGUGGGUCCCUAUGUCAAGAAGAUCGUCUGUGAAGAGCUAGGGUCUCCUGCCAACUCAGCCGUAAACUGCGUCCCCUCUGAGGAUUUUGGGGGUCACCACCCUGACCCAAAUCUUACAUAUGCUGCUGACCUGGUCAAGGCCAUGAAGGGUGGUGAAUAUGACUUUGGAGCUGCGUUUGACGGUGAUGGUGAUCGUAACAUGGUGCUGGGAAAACAUGGCUUCUUCGUAAACCCCUCCGACUCUGUGGCAGUGAUUGGUGCCAAUAUCACCUGUAUCCCAUACUUUAAGAAGACUGGUGUAAAAGGCCUGGCACGCAGCAUGCCUACGAGUGGGGCUUUGGACAAUGUUGCCAAAGCCCUUAAAAUGCACUUGUAUGAGACACCAACUGGGUGGAAGUUUUUUGGGAACCUGAUGGAUGCUGGAAAACUGUCCCUUUGUGGGGAGGAGAGCUUUGGUACAGGCUCGGAUCACAUCCGGGAGAAGGACGGUCUGUGGGCGGUGCUGGCGUGGCUGUCAAUCUUGGCCUCCAGGAAACAGAGUGUGGAGGAGAUAAUGAAGGACCACUGGCAGAAGUUUGGCAGGAACUUUUUCACCAGGUAUGAUUACGAGGAGGUGGAUGCUGAAGCUGCUGGUAAAAUGAUAAAGGAGCUGGAGACCGCCAUGACUCAGCCAGGCUUUGUCGGGCAGAAGUUCUCAUCAGGAGAUAAGAGCUACCAGGUGGAGAAGGCUGAUAACUUUGAGUACACAGACCCUGUGGACGGGAGUGUGUCCAAACACCAGGGUCUGAGAAUUAUCUUCUCUGACGGCUCACGCAUCAUCUUCCGCCUCAGUGGGACAGGCAGUGCCGGGGCCACCAUCAGGCUCUACAUAGACAGCUAUGAGAAGGACCCUCAGAAGAUCUACCAGGACCCACAGGUGAUGCUGGCUCCUUUGGUGGACAUUGCUCUGAAGAUUUCUCAGCUCCAGGAGAAAACUGGCCGCACUGGACCAACUGUCAUUACUUAAAUCAUCUUCUAUUUUACAUGUGGACAGGCCAGAUCUCCAGACCCUCACCCUUACACCUCUACACACACUCAGCACAGGCCAUCCAUACAGCCAACGCAUUCCCCAAACACACCCACUCAGCCUGGUCAGCACACCUGCCACCCAUACAGACACACACACACACAUACACAUGCGUGCAUAGCACACACUAUAUUUGUUCAUCUGUCAAACCCCCCGAACCCCUGACUGGCCAACAGCCAUGCUCUGUUCAUCUGUCAAACCCCCCGAACCCCUGACUGGCCAACAGCCAUGCUCUGUUCAUCUGUCAAACCCCCUGAACCCCUGACUGGCCAACAGCCAUGCUCUGUUCAUCUGUCACAUCCCUCGAUACUGUUGCUGAUCUACAGCCAUGCCUUACCAUACUGUCACUCCUGCGUUCGUUGUCCUUCUCCAAAAAGACGAAUACAAACAGGAAUAAAGUGUACUGCUGAACAUCUAAA